GUAUCAAAAUUAUUGUAUCGAGUAUUUGAGUUUAGUCAUUUGAAAGCGAAUGUAUUUUUGCUGUAGCUGUGAAAAAAUACGCAAAAAUGAUUGAGUGUGCUAUAUCAUUUGAAAAAAAUCCCUCUGGAAUAUUUUAUAGUGGUUCAAUUAUAAAUGGAACUGUUCAAGUUACAGUUGAUAAACCAACUACCGUUCAAAGUGUUUUAUUAGUAAUAAGUGGUGAAGCUAAUGUUCGCUGGAGUGAGGAUGAAGGAACCGGCGAUAACAGAAGUUCAGUUUAUUACUACGCAAAUGAUAAUUAUAUUAAAUCAACCACUUAUCUAUAUGGAUCCGAAAAUGGAAUUACGGUAACUAUAAAUCCAGGCUCUCAUAUAUAUACAUUUACGUGUGCUCUUCCACCAGAACUACCAUCGUCCGUUGAAGGACAUUACGGUAAAGUUCGAUAUUCAGCUAAAGUAAUUUUUGACCGACCUUGGAAAUUUAAUAAAACUUUUACAAAAGGAAUCACAAUUGUCAAAAUUACUGAUCUCAAUCAUGAGAAUCCUCAAAUCAAACUUCCAGCAACACUAGAAAUUCAGAAACAAUUUUGGUGCUUUUGUUGUAUUAGUAGACCACUUAUUAUAGAAGGAACAAUUUCGAAAUCGGGAUUUGUAUCUGGUGAAUAUAUACCAGUUAAAUUUAAUAUAUUCAAUAUGAGUACCAACACUGUACAGCGCAUUAGUGUUUCUUUGAAACAAAUAAUUACAUCGAAAAGUGAUCAUCCAAGAAAAAAAUCUAAAAUUCAAACAAUUAAUCUUACCAAAACGUCUAUAAAUUCAAUAAAAAAUUCACAAAAGGAAGAAUUUAAUACAAAUUUAUUAGUACCACCAGUUCCACCAACCUGUAAUGAAGAAAUUUGUCGUGUUGUUCAUGUUAAUUAUGAAGUUCAUAUAAAAGCGAUUAUUAAUGGACCACAUAUAGCUCCAGUUCUAAAGAUUCCUUUAGUUAUUGGUAAUGUACCUUUAGAUUUAAAUGUUAAAAAUUAUAUUAAUACGGCUGAAUCAACCGAUCCAUCGUUGUCAAAUGCAAGAACACCAGAAGUUUCUGCUGUAGAAUUUGGAUUACCUCCACCUACGUAUGAAGAAGCACUCUACAUUGAACAAGUUAACAUGAAUGCAGAGGAAAAACAUCCUAUUGCCGAUUCCAAUUACUUGCCUAGGUAUCCAGUUUUUCAAUUUGGUCAAUCGAUACCGUAAUUCCCAGGGGUACAAAUCUUUAGGUGU